UUGGGCUCAAUAAUAUAAAAGAAUACUACGUAUGAGUAAUAAUGGUGCUAUAAUUGAGCAAAGUUUUGUUCAACAGGAAGCCCUGUUGUGCAAGAUUUGCUACCUUCCUUGUCAAAGGGAAUUGCUAAAGACUAACUCAAUCUGAGUUUUGCAUCAAGAUCGCUCAGAUACUGUAUGAGGGUUCGAAAUAUGUCAAGAGUGAUUUCUCCAAUGGGUUAUUGUUAGGAUCACAAAGGACUCACUGAAAGAUAUAAUAGAGAUUCCCUGUCCAAAUCAUAACUGCAAUAGAAAGAUCAAUAUAGAAGAAGCUCUGAAGGAGCUUGAUCUGGAUAGAGCAGAGCAUAUCCUGGACAAGCUUAUUAAUGUAUACAUCUGCAACCAGCACGAUGUGAGAAAAUGCCCGAGUUCAUCCUGUAAUAAUGCAGGGAUCAUCACCACAGAACCAUGACAUCAGAGAUUAGAGUGAGAAUGAUGCCAAUACAAAUGGAAGGAUAUCACCCAGUUUACUGUGAAAGAUAAGCUGCAAAGAGUAAUAUUUGGACAAACUACCUAUCUGUCUAAGUUUCUUAGCUAUCUUCAUGAAGUAUAUAAAGGUGAGCCAUGUCCUGAAUGAGGUAUUGUUAUUUUUAAAGAUGGAGGCUGUCCCCAUAUGAUCUGACCAAAGUGAUCUUUUGAGUUUUGCUGGGACUGCAUAGGCUAUUUCCCAGAUUACGAUCAUAAGCAAGAGACAUUCUGUCCGCUUAGGAAAUUUAUCUUUAUCCCAAUGCUUAUUUCUGUGCUUUUGAUGGUGAACUUGAAAUUAAUAUGAUCCUCUUCUGUGUAUACCUCAAUCUUGGAAUGUGCUGUUCUUGUAAUUUGCAAAAUUAUAAUCAUUGCUUUACUACUAAUCUCAGCUCUUCUUGAGUGGUUGAUCAUUUACAAAUACAAGCGAAUGAGGAAAUUCAGGCCGAACCAUAGAGGAAAGUCCUACUGGCUUGUAGUAUCUGCCCUUAUCGGCUACCCCAUAUUUUGGUACUUCAUGAUAAGUUUCUGCAAUGAGAAGUUAAGCCUGACUUACUUCAUAGUAUCCAUGGUAUACUUCCUCGUUCUGAUGGGUGCGACAUACCUAGUUUUCAAAAUCUGUACGAUAAUCUUCAAAAAGCUCAAAGGAGACCACUCACUGAAGUACCUGUUAUUCCUGUUCUCACUUGGGCCAUUCUACUUAGUUUUCAGACUUAUUUUCAAAGGCGUGAAGAAGAUCAAAAGAUCCUAGUGAUAAUUUAUACUUGUAAAUAUUGUUUG